CUCGAUCAUUUUAUUUAGACGUCCAUUGGGCUUGCAAUAAUCGUCUCAUCUGCAGUGGUUGUAACACGCACCAAGACAUGGCAACAAAUUCUGCCGAUUCUUCAAGGCAAUCAAAUCUUUCCGACAUUAUUAUCAAGAAAGACAACCUGUCAAAUCAACAGGUCAUCAGUCUUUUGAAUGACCACUUUGAGUCUUUGGAAAUGGGCAAUCGAGUUAGUGGUCAGAAGGGAUAUGUUCUUGGACUCUCUGCACUACAAAAACCCGAUGUUACAGUGUACACGGCAUGGAAUCAGUCGGGACAACUCAUGGGCUGUGGAGCACUGAAGGAGAUAUCGCAUACGCAUGGGGAGAUUAAAUCCGUUCGAACCAUCCCCAUGUACCUCAGGAAGGGGAUAGCCACUGCUCUGGUCCAGCAUAUACUCGAUGUCGCUCGUCACCGCGGUUAUCACCGCGUAAGCCUUGAGACAGGCACACGCGAGGAAUUCUCUGCAGCACGGGCUUUGUAUGCAAGGAGCGGGUUUGUUCCUUGCGAGGCGUUUGAAGGGUACGAAGAUGCGUCGUCAGAAACAAGCAUGUUCAUGACUUGUCUCUUGAAAUAAACAGCGCGAGCAGUCUAGAUAAAGUACACAAUGUCGCAAACCGCC